AUGGAAGUUUUACCAAUAGGAGAAGGAUUAGGUCCUCUGUAUUUUCAGAAAUUUCCAGAAUCUGUGGUGGACAUUUCUUCAUUUGGAGAGUCUGUAAAACACAGGCCUAUGGUCUUUGUCAAUAUUUCUACAAAAUCAGAUUGUGCUAGUGAGUUAGCUAACAUCAGGCAGAUUCUCUCCUGUGCCAAAACUCCACUCAGCCUUGGAGACCGGGGAAGGAUUGUCUCCCUAAUUCUGAGGGAACCAGCGACAGCUCAGACACCACCAAGGGCUGCUGGGAAAGUCCAUGAGAAGUUCAUGUUUAUUGAUGGCAUUAGAGUGACGACAGGCUCCUACAGCUUCACAUGGACUGAUGGGAAAUUGAAUAGCAGUAACUUGUUGCUGCUGUCAGGCCAAGUGGCUGAACACUUUGACCUGGAGUUCAGGAUCCUUUAUGCACAGUCAAAACCGAUCAGCCCUAAGCUGACAUCCAGCUGCCAGAACAGUGGAAUAUUUGAUCACCUGGUCAAUGGAACAAAAUCACCUAAAGACUACAUUGUGGGAAACCUCUUCAGAGCAGAGUUGGCCAGACUGUCAAGCACCCCCAAGAAACCACUGAAAAAAACAGAUUUGGCUAACAACACUGAAGGAAGCAAAUCCUAUAACCUGGGUCCUUCUUACACUGGCGCAGAGGAGUGGUUUGGAAGUCAGGAGGCCAUAGUGGAACCAAAGGAGGUGAACAGCAUGUCUACUCAAACUGAACCAUGGGAAGAGAAGCCCACAGUGACUCUCUCUAAUGCUGUCACACAAACCAGUGUUGUAAUGGUAGCAUCUGGAACCCAAACCUCUCUUGCUGCUAGAAUGGCUAGCACUCAAACAGUAGUGCCAUGGAAGACAGCUAUGACCCAGACAGACAAGAAGGAGAGUGUGGAAGAGCAUCUACUGCCAAGACAACAAUCGAAAGAAGGAUCUCCUUCAUCUGAAAAGUCCACAUCAACUUCUACUAGUCUACGGUCGCUUUCUUCAUCAUCAUCUUCCCAGUGCUCUCUGACAAGCUCUACCAGCUUGCUGUCCUCUCUGAGGUUCACUGAGUACUCUGGCAACCACAAGGCAGAGUACUUCCAAAAACUGCAUAAAGAGAGGCAGUUCCACUACUCUGCUAUCAGGUCCAAACUUAACCAUAUAGUUGCUAUCCUCUCCCGAAGGGGACACAUGCCUGAAAACUAUACAAGCUGCCAUGUUGUAAGCUGCAAUGUAAAACAGAGGCAUGAGAUCAGCACCAGUUUACUCAGCCUCAGAGACGUUUCAGUGUUCAGAUAAGUGACUGAGUUGGCUAUAAGCACCAAGAGCUCCAGGCUCACUGCACAGUCCUUUUAAUAGCUGCUGAUCCUUAUAGUCCAUACUGGUAUCAUGUGUGUAGGGGCUGGUAACUUGCCAGCACUGUAGUCUCGUUCUGUACAACUUGUUAAACAAUGCACUGAACUAUUUUUAAUGCCA